AUGCCGAAACGUAUGAAAGUUAGAACAUGUGAAGAAGAGUUAAAACAUCCUCAAAAGAAAAUGCGUAAAUUAGAACAAAAAAUAUGUGAUAAGGAAAGUUCAGUUAGUGUGGAAGCUCAGUGUAGCGGGUCGGAGAGGGUUACCUUUGUGCGUUGGUCUGGAGUGUCACCUGAAGGUGUAGCUCCUGUCUUCGUGUAUGCAGCGAGCGGGGAUGAAGAGUCACUGGCUGGCGCCUGUCUGGCUCGGUGUAGAGAGUUGCCGGAUUGUGCUGCAGUUGUCGUCGCUUAUAACAAGGGCAACUGCCACGGCAUCGCCCCAACACGAGAUUCCGAGCUGCGUCAAGACAACGACGUUUCCUACUUCAAAAAAAUAUGCUUGGAACAGGCUGAAGGUUGCAGAGAGAGAUGGUGGGCAUUAGAGAGCACGGCAGGUUACAGUUUGCAUGCAGAUGAAGCCAGAAUAAGAGUAUUAUUCAACACAACAGUACGAGAGUGCUAUGCAGCUGUACUAACCGACGAUACAGGGCAAACUUAUAGGUCAGCUCAAUGGGUAGGACCCGAAGCACUAUUCAACGCCGAACUGGUGAAAAUGACGGAGACAGAUGUUGGAAACUGUAUCCUCAGCUCCGAAGAUAAAUUUACAGAGCCAGAAUCUUACCGUGUUUCCAACUACUAUACAUUUUACAUAGAGAAUCAAUGCAGACAUGAUUGUAAGUGUUGUUUGUACUUCUAUUAUAAAUCAUCUGACCCGGCGAACAUCGUACCGCCAAAUAGCCGUUUUUAUAAAUUUUCGAAUAUACCAUCUUUGUUCUGACUAAAGAAUACAUUAAAAAAAAUAAUCAUCCAAUUUGGUGCACUCGUUCAAAAGUUAUGCCCGCACAUACAUUACGACGAUUAAUUUUUAUAUAUAUAUACCGGAUAUAUAUGAGGAAAAAUGUAUGUAUGAGAAUGAAGACACUAA